UCCCUUCAGCUGUUUUAAACUGGUAAGCAACUCUGUCGCUUCAUCUUCUUGCUCCCCUUUUUUGUUAUUUAUUCUAAUUUAAUGGUACUUUUUUUUGGGUUAAUGUAUUUGAUUUUCUUGAAGUUUAAUGGUAAUUAAGUUGAAUUUCCUUAAUUUUAUUUUCUGGGGUAGAUUAAUUUCGUGAUUUGGUUAAGUUGAAAGGUACAGAAGAUUGAAGGGUGCACACAGAUUGCCUCAGAUCUGGGUAACAUACAGUGGACUUUUAUAAUUUAGGAAAAAGGGCAUUCUUGUGAUUAUUAUUGUUUUUUUGCUAUAUAUUUUUGUUUGUUAUUUUCCAUGACCCUUUGCCUUUUGGAUUAAUGAAAUAAAUAAAUUUUCUUGUUGGGUUUCUUCCAAAUUCAGAAAAUCAAUAAUUUAAGCCUUUUUUUUUGUUUUCCUGGGUUUGAUUUGGUUGAUGAAGGUUAGUUGUAAUUUUGUAAAGAAACAGUGUUUAGAUUGACUAGCUUUCAGAGUUUUCUUUGUUUUAUGAACUGGAAUUAGGGAUUUUCAGCAUAAAUAGACAAGAUUGAAGUAGAAAUCGAUGCCUAUUUAUUGAUGCUCAACUGAUCAGAUUCUUGUUUUGUUCUUUGUUGUUGGUUGUUUAUCUGGGAAUUGAAGCUCAUAAUUGGUUGUUUGAGCUGUAAUCUUUCCUGGGGAGUAGAGAAAGGGAGAAGAAGAGGUGAUUUUGAUAAGAUUUAGGUAGUUUUUGUCUUGGUUGUUGAGUGAUUAAGGACUUGAUUAGGCACCAGAUUCCUUGUGAUCAACACUCAUGAGUUUAUACAGAAGUGGGUAGACUGUAGACAGGUGAAUUCGUACUAAUUCGUAUUAAUUGGUAUGUGAUUGAUGGAGUUUGUAGAGGAGAUUCAGAAAAGAGUUAGUAUGCCAAUAAUGAUUGGCAAUCUUGUUAGCGAGGAAAAGGCUAUUAGUUCACCUCUGCAACUUGCCGGGCUUGUGCUGAAAUCAAAGUCUUAUAAGCCUGAAACAAACGCAAUCUUUGUGCCCAGAUCAACUACUGGGAAUAAGGUUGUUGUUGAUUGCAAUGAUCUGCCUGCCAAAGUUAGUGAAUCUGUAGAAUCAUUUUCUGUUAAGAAUGACGAGGAAGUGCCUGAAUCAUUGAGUUCUGGUGUUUCUUAUGAAAUCACUGGUCAGGAAAUCGGGGAGGAAGAUUUUGUAUCCUGCGCAUCUUUGGCUAGUGAAAACAGCAGUAAUAAUGGCGAGGAAUUCCUAGUUUUAGAGUCUAAUUCUGAUGCAAAUUCCAGUGAUACAGAGAAGAACACCCAAUCAGUUCUUCCUCAAAAGCCUAAUACCAUGGGAUCAGUUUCUAUGCCAAAUCCUGUUAGAGACGUGUUUGCAGUUGCGGAAGAUCUUGAUGUGGAUGGACGUGAUCGGAAAUCGACGAUGGGUCUUCUUGAACCAUCGCAUGAAAAAAUCGUCAGAGCAAUGAGUAGCCAUUGCGGGUUUGAAACGGGUUCUGUGCCUCUGUGGGGUUUCACAUCUAUAUGUGGGAGGAGACCGGAGAUGGAAGAUGCUCUAGCUGUUAUACCAUGUUUCCAGAAGCUUCCAAUGAAAAUUAUGGGUGAGGACCAGAUAUUGAAUGGAAUGAGUCAAAGUUUGAGUCAGACUGCACAUUUCUAUGCUGUUUAUGAUGGACAUGGAGGUUCUCAGGUUGCUAACUAUUGCCGUGAUCGUCUCCAUGUUGAAUUGGCUGAAGAGAUAGAAAUUAUGAAGAGGGGUACCCAAAAUGGAAGUUUUCUAGAUAACUCGGGGGUGCAGUGGGAAAAAGCAUUUUCCCGUACUUUUCAUAAAAUUGAUGCCGAGGUUGGAGGAGUUCGUCAAGCCCAUGCUGGGGGAAAUGAUGAUGUCUCUGAGACUAGUCUUGAACCUAUCGCACCCGAGACUGUUGGGUCGACAGCUAUUGUGGCUGUUGUUUGCUCAACACAUAUCCUAGUAGCUAAUUGUGGUGAUUCAAGGGCAGUUCUCUGUCGUGCAAAAGCACCCAUGCCUUUAUCAGUUGAUCACAAACCUGACAGAAAAGAUGAACUAGAUAGGAUAGAAGCUGCAGAUGGGAAGGUCAUACAGUGGAAUGGCUACCGUGUGUUUGGUGUUCUUGCAAUGUCAAGAUCUAUUGGGGAUAGGUAUCUAAAGCCAUGGAUCAUUCCCGAUCCAGAAGUAAUGGUUAUUCCAAGGUCAAAGGACGACGAUUGCCUCAUUUUAGCUAGUGACGGUUUAUGGGAUGUGCUGACGAAUGAAGAAGUCUGUGAAGCAGCACGGAGGCGAAUAUUGUUGUGGCAUAAAAAGAACGGAGGCGGCGGUGGCGGCAGCAGCGGCAGCAGUAGCAGCGGCAGCAUGAUGCCAUCCCUGGAACGGGGAAAGAGUGUUGAUCAAGCUUCCCAAGCUGCAGCCGAUUACCUCGCCAAGCUCGCUCUACAAAAGGGUAGCAAAGAUAACAUCACCGUUAUCGUGGUGGAUUUGAAACCUCAUAGGAAGCUGAAAUGCAAAACUUAAAGAAAGGUAAUACAGUAAUACCACCCUAUUUGAGAGUGGUGUUAUUCAUAUAAGUAUAUUUUUUAAUCUUUUUUUUUUAUAUUUUUUUUUUACUCCGUAAGUCUUAGAUUCGAGGUUUUUUUUACUCUUUUGUUCUUUGUUUUAGACAUGAUAUAGAAAUUUACCGUGGGUAACAAAGUAGCUCCGUAUAGUUUUUGCAAGGGGCUGCUGCAAUAGCAUGAUGAUGAUGUAUAUAUGUUAUGUAUGCGCAGUUUAGUGAAGUGGAUUGACAUAAAAUGUCAUGAACACGUUAAUAGUUUGAUAAAUUAGCUCAAAAGUGGUCAAUAAAUUUGUGCAUUUUCUUUGUUUAGGUGGUUGAUUGAAACAUUGUAAUUUGAGGAAGUUGUAAUAUGUAUCGAGAAUGUAUUAUGCUUUA